AUGAUCAGCAGCGAGUCAAGUGACGAGGAGCUCACGACGCUGUAUCAAGCCGCUGUAGCUGCCAUUAAACCCGUCCGGAAGAUUAAAAUGACCAAGAAUGAAACAACGGAUACUCUCGCUCCGUCCCUCGAUGAAUUUACAGGUCAAAAACGCUCUCUAGAAGCUUCUACAGCUAUUUUAAAUCCAGACGAAGCCCAGAAACUCAAGCGAGAAGCUCGUAAGAAGCGUAAAGCUCAAGAAAAAGUGUCUCGGGAAGCGGAAAAGAAGCAGAAAAAACACGAGCAAUUGCUUAAGGAACGAGCAAGGAAGGGACGAGCUUAUACGCUCAGUCUUGCAAUUCCUGGCUCGAUUUUGGACAAUGCACAGACAAAGGAGUUGAAGACGUACUUGGCUGGUCAAGUAGCUCGUGCUGCAGUGAUUUUUCAAGUGGAUGAGGUUAUUGUCUUUGAUGAUCAAUUGGGUGAUAAUGUGAGCACGGGGGCAGUCAAGAAACGGGCCCAUGACUGUCAUGUCUUUAUGGCGCGCAUUUUGCAGUAUCUGGAGACGCCACAGUAUUUAAGACGUGCAUUGUUCCCAAUGCACUCGGACUUGAGCUGUGCAGGGUUAUUAAAUCCAUUGGAUUGUCCACAUCACUUGCGUGCACAAGAGUGGAGUGUGUACCGUGAAGGUGUGGUUACGGACCGACCACUGAAGGAGAAAGAAGGCUCGCAUGUCUAUGUCGGAUUGCAGCGUGAAGUUGUGGUGGAUAAACGUAUUACACCUGGCGUUCGGGUGACUGUAAAGAUUGAUGAGGCUUCUAAAGAGUUUAAGAAGAAAAUGGUCGGUCAGCUUGUGUCGUCUGCUGAACCGCGAGAACAGCUUGGUUUGUACUGGGGCUAUACAACACGAUUUGCGUCUUCGUUGAGCGACGUUUGGACCACCUGUCCCUUUCCGGAAGGGUACGAUCUCAAGAUAGGCACAUCCGAGCGUGGUAAUGUAUCGAUCGAUGACGCAGACUUCUCCAUGCCGAAAUUUCGACACGCACUUAUUGUCUUUGGCGGUGUGGCUGGUAUUGAGGAGUGUGUGGACGCUGACGAGAAGCUUCCUGUAAGCGGUGAAGACUCGCACACGCUAUUUGACAUGUGGGUAAACACGUGUCCUGAGCAGGGAAGUCGCACCAUUCGUUCAGAGGAAGCUUUGCUGAUCUCCCUUGCUGCCCUUCGGCCGCACGUCAUUCGUGGUGGACGAGCACAAUAG